AUGGAAAUAUCCUUCAUUCAGCCGCUAACGCCACAAGGAAAAACUCAAUGGUGUGAUUCAAAAACACUUAUGGCAGUCCGCAUUCUGCAGGAGAAUGGUCAGCCAACCCGGAUCAACAUACUCCGGAUAUGUGCAGCUCUCAAUGAACAAUGA